CGAGAUGUAAGCUCUUUGCUUCACGUCCGCUAGUCAGGUGCAAUAGAAGUCAUGCAGCAGGUGAAAACCGUCGCCAAUCGUUACUUCGCUGAUGGAAGGCUGUGUGUGGCAUUGUGAUAUUGUGAAGCCGAAUUCCUUGUGAUAUAGUGACUGUUACUUUGACAACAUAAAUUAAUUACGAAGUGCACUUAUUUCGCGAUGGCACGAGUGGUUCCUGUGAAUGUCAUGUCUGGAAUAAUGAGAAGGUAAGCAACGGAGAUGAGGAGUCCCUGGGACAGGGUCGAUUUCAGACCCAUGUGUUUCAGCAGUCCGUCACACUGACUGCAAAAAUGUGGCCAGAUGACAAUGGCACAGCAUCACCAGCAGCAUCUUCUCCUGGUGGCUGGAAGUGGGGCAGUUGGCGUAUCCCAAGCGAACAUCUGCCACUGCUUGUGGGUGCAGUAUGUGGUGGUGCAUUGAUACUUCUCACGCUGAUUGCUGCAAUUGUUUGGCGUUGCUGUGUUGUGCCACGCCGAGACAAGGCUUAUUGUGCGAGACUUGGAGAGGAGAUUGCAGCGAGACAAAGGGCAGGGCUGUCUGUUAUGCCAAGCCAUUCAGCAGUGUAUGCAGCCCCAAAGAGUGGACAGUGGGCCUAUAGCAGUCGUUUAGUAGGUCCUGCCCACCAUCUUGGCCCUGGCUCACACUGGUUCUACAACAGCAGGGUACUAAGUCCUGCUAAUUUGGAACGGCUGGAUCCUGGACCCCUCACACGUUCAACAAGUUGUGCUCCACCACCACGUCAUGCAGGACCACCAAAUACAUCAGAUAAAAGGCGAAGACCAGUCAGUCAGCCAAUCAGGUUUGGGCCUUGUGACCUAGCAACAAAUGCAGAAGGAAGGCAGCAGAACCAUCUGCCAGAGAUUUCAGAAUUUACUGCUCAGAGUACACAGUAUGCUUCAAGCAGCAUUUCAUAUUUGUUCACAGUUCUGGAUGAGGUUGGUUCACGAGGGGGUGAGGCACCCCCCGGCCCAGCUGUGCUGAAGACUAGGAGCCUGCCUGCCUGGGUCAGAUCAAAAUCACGCCCCCUGUCGACUGAGGAUGAUCUUUCAGAGCUCUAUGCCAAGGUGAAUUUUAGCAAGAAACGCAAGAACCGUAUGAGAAAUGAUGAAGCUGCCAUAAUUGCACUCAGCAAGUCUCGAAGCCAGUACCUCCAUAAAGACACUGAUUCUCUGGUAGACAAUGAAGCAGUGAUAGUUUAUGAUGAAAGAACUGCUCUAUGAAAGCAAGUGAUACCAUGGAAACAAGCCAUCAUCCUGCUACAACAGACAAUAAAGGAAUUUGGCCAGUUGUCUAAUGGAGCAACAAGUGUCUUUUUUACAGGCUCCCCACCCAUAAAUUAGCAUCAGUUGCUAUAAUCACCAGUAGUGAGCAAAAUGAUAAACAUUGACUCCAAACACACAACUGAUAGCUUGACAAUACAAUGAAAUGACAAACUAGCUCCAUAACCAAAUCAAAUUAGCAUGUUCUAAGGUUUGGUGGGCCUUCUAUGAAUACAUAGAAUGGAUCAUUGAAUUCAUGCCUUGCCAUAACUUAGAGAAAUAUCGCACAAUGUUACACCAUUUCAAAGAAAAGAUUUUGAAUACGGUCUGUAGUCAUUUGAUGUAAAUCUUUCUAUAAAAAUGGCUUUCAUACAUAUCUUCAACAAAAUUAUUACAUCAGUGUCCGACUUUAAAUGUUCUACAACAUCAUUCUGAAAUACUGUACAACAAGAUCUACACUUUCACAUGUAAUUAAUAUACUGAACAUUAUGGAUAUAUGAUGAUGCCAUAUCUUUAUAGUGACAUUUCUAGACUCCAAGCAAUACUGAUCUUGUUUACAAAUUGUAAUACCUCAGUUAUAACCAAAUAUAAUAGAACUGAACAAAAAUUUGCACAUUAUCCAUUAAGAUUUUGAAUGAUGCUCAUAUUUAAUUUUAAUUCCAGAUAUGAAAAGAAAGUCACAAAUGUUAUUAAAGUGAUGUAUACAUUUUAGAAAAAAUUUUGAUUUUCGGUUGUGUGGUUAGGUGAUAGAAACUUGGUCCAUAAAAUAUAUAAUUUUUCUCCAAGUACAAUAAAGUGUGACAUAACAGUACCAAAGUGCAUCUUACAUGUAGAAGAAAGUGAAACUUAUCCAGAUGCAGUGUAAGGAUGAAAGCUUCAGAUUACAGUGUUGGAGUUUUCUUCCUGUAUUCUAGUCAUAGGUCUUAAAAUGAAGUGUGCCUAGCACCAAACGUUAAUAUGUGUAAUGAAGUACUGUGACAUAGUUUUUUAGUUCUGUUAUCUUUUAUAAUAUACUUUAUAGCAGAAACAUAAUCAAAGUGUUGAUAAUACAUUGUUCAUAGAAAUUGGGCCUACAGAAAAUUUUUUAUGUCAGUAGUUCAGAUGUUUGUAUAUGAGAAUGAUAAUAAUACUUCUCUCCAUAAUAUGAUAAUGUAAACAAAUAAAUACUUAAUAUAUAAACUUUA